AUGCCAAGGCGCAACGCGCUAUCCCCCAAAAUCCCAUCGCUUUCGACUUUCCUAACAGUUAUCCCAGUGGUGGGUUAGGUACUUUCCAGCGUUUUCCACACUGGGGAGUGACCCUUGUCCUCACCCCACCGCCCUCUCUGUCAGUAUCUCUCUGUCUCCAUCAUAUUUUGUUAGCAGAUCUAGGGUUUUUCUCGAUCAUUUUCUCUCGUUUCUUGCAAGAUACAACUGGUUUCUUCACUUUGAAUAUGGAGGCCAUUCGCAAGCAGGCAAGCAAGCUGAGGGAGCAAGUAGCCAGGCAGCAACAGGCAGUUCUGAAACAAUUGGGACAUUUUGGUAUUGAAACUGUUGUGGUUGAUGAAGCUGAACAGAGGCAAUUACAGAACUUGUACAAUUCUACAAGGACGGCUAAGCAUUUUCAGAAGGACAUUGUUCGUGGUAUUGAAGGUUUUGUUUCUACAAGCUCAAAGCAAAUGGAGAUAGUAAGAAGGAUGGCUGAAGAUUGUUGCAAAUAUGGAACUGAGAAUCAAAGCACUGGUUCUCCUCUUGCAAGAGCUGCUCUUUACUUUGGCAACUCACAUAGUUCAAUGGAAAAAGAGAGGGAGACUUUGCUUGGGGUCUUCUGUGAUCAGGUUUCUGAGCCACUACGAGUAUUAAUAACAGGAGCUCCUUUGGAGGAUGCUCGCCACUUGACUCACCGCUAUGAAAGACUUCGCCAAGAGGUGGAGUCCCAGGCAGCUGAUGUGUUAAGGCGCCAAGCAAAGUUCAGGGACCCUGCUACUUCUGCAGAGAGUUCCAUAAAGCUUCAAAGUGCAGAAGCAAAAUUGAGUGAGCUUAAAUCUGCUAUGAUGGCACUUGGCAGAGAAGCAACUGCUGCUAUGCUGUCAGUUGAGGCUCAGCAGCAGCGAAUAACAUUCCAACGGCUUCUUACUAUGGUGGAAGCUGAGAGAUCUUAUCAUCAAACUGUACUUGCUACUUUAGAGAAACUAUACGAUGAGAUGAUUAUGGAGAAGAAACAAAACGAGUCUUCAUCUCAGCCAAUAACUAUGGAGAAAGAUGUUUGCGUUCCUACCACAUCCAAGGAUGCAAAUUCAAAUGGCUUUGACAAUCAUGGACAUGCAAAUCAAAAUGGUUCAUACUUUAUUGCAAAAGUUAUACACCCAUUUGAUGCUCAAGCAGAUGGAGAGCUCGGUCUUUCUGUUGAUGAUUAUGUUGUCGUUCGCCAGGUGGCUCCCAACGGAUGGUCGGAGGGUGAAUGCAAGGGCACGGCCGGAUGGUUUCCCUCUGCUUAUGUAGAAAGGCGUGACAAAGCUCCGGCCAGCGUGAUAAAUGAAGAAGCAAGUCUCGCCAUGAUUCCAAACUGAAAUCAUCCUUGUGGAAGUUUGUAUAAUACUUAAUGUAAAUGCACUUUCUCCUAUUUUAUUGUGUAAUUUUUGUAUGUAAUUUUUCUCUUUACUAUUUGUAUUUUCCUUCUCAAUUAUCCGGAUCAAAUUUGUGUGUAAUGUCAUAAUAUGACACGCUUUGUAAGUAG